AUGGACGACAUCAUCAGGUCACAGCUUGCAACUGCCUUUCGCGAUGGAGCUUGUCUCUUAGAUACUGCUCAUUCCUCGGUAUCUCCCUCAAAUCUACAGUCGGUGUUGGAGGCUCGCCUGUCACAAUAUUUCAGCCAAAUCAAUUCCCCUCGUGUCUUCGAACUUGAAACCCAAAAGUUGAGGACGUUGGAAGACGUACAAUUAUUGACCGCACAGGAAUCAUUAUCUGUUUUGCGAAGGAUACAAAAGAUACUCGGCUUGGAAGAUUCGACACCGGAAACCAGCCAAGCAACUUCUAGCCAGCCUCCUGCAGUCGGAGCAAGGGACCUUGGGCAACUUCGUACCCUGAUUUCAAUCGUAUGUAACUGGGGACUAAACCCUUUGUUCUCGAAAGUAAGCCAGUUUUGGAACCAGUUCUUGGAGAGCAAUGGUCGGGGGAUGAUCACGGAAACUUCCCCGUCGGGAGAUGAUUUGGAGCAGCUCUCCCUCAUGACACUCCAUUGUCUGUCCCUGCUGUUUCCUGACGGGGACCAAGGACCUGUGGAACAGACUUUUAUAUCGAUGGCUAUGUUGAACCGUCACCUUGCGGACCUUCUCCGGCCAGGUAUCGCUCUUGGCUGGCUACCGAGGAACUUCACCUUCGAUGGGAGAGAGACUCGAAAUGGAAUUCGGUCACUAGUCAUUCGAAUUCUUGCCAUUACAACCCCAGCUCAGUUGAUGGUUGCACUUGGGACGAUCAUCGUGUCCACACCUUCACCGCCCCCCCACGUUUCCAAGACGUGUGCUUCUCUUCUGACAAGGCAAUUACUCAGGCCGGAGGGCGUUCUGGGCCUUUGUGAGGCUGUUUUCGGAGGUGAAUUAGAUGAUGUGGAUCUGGAAAAACUUGAGCAUUUCGCUAGGACACUGGUCAUUGUGCCAUCCAAGAUGGCUCCAUCUGUGAAUACAAUACCUGCUUCCUAUAGACGAGCAGGGUCUUUCGCCUUGUAUCGUAUGCUGGCUGCUGACGGAUCCUUCCUACAUCAAGAUAUGGCAGAGUCAAUUGUAAAGGCCGCUUUGCAUGAUCCUUUUCUUCUGGUACCAGCCAUACCAUUGGCGUCCGAGUCUACAACCCCUCCUAUGCGCCUAUCGCCUCCUGAUGCGUUGUCUGUCAUCGUCACCUUACUUUUGAAUUCUGACCCUUCCCCUGUCUUGAUAUCAAGCUUGUUAUCACCCAUCCUGCCAGCCUUAUAUUCCCUGUCAUAUCAUUUAGAGAGGCACAAAACGUCAGAUCCACGCGUGAAAGAGUCUCUGCGAGGGAUACUAGUAUUGUGGGGGAAAAUCACGGACAGUCUAGAAGCCACUCAAGUGCUGUGGCGUAUUGUUGAACAUGGCAACGGCGAUAUGUGGAGUGUGGGGCUGGAGAGCGAUUUUUGGAGAGUGGCCCCUUCCGGGGUAGAACCGCCCUCGUUCUCUUUGAUGAUGCCUGAUGACCGAAAUGAGGAAAAAGAAGAGUUUAACUUGGACUCCAAUUUAUUCAAUCUCUACCCUGACCCAGCUCAUUUUGUACAAUUUCUCAAGGAGGCCGACCGCGGGGACGUUUCAUCCGAUCUGUUUGUGACGUUACUGGAAAAAUAUCGGGACCAAAGGCUUCAUCCCAGCAGCGAUCCAAUGCAGACUCUGCUUUACCUCCAAAUAAUUACGCAGAUGCAGAUGCAUCUUUCUGAAGGCACCACUUCGAACAUUCUCAAGAAGACAACGCAUUUGUUGACUUUUAUCAAGCAUGUUUUGGAACCUACCGCUGCUCCUGCUCCUUCACGUCCAUUCAAAGCUGCAGUCUCGCCGACGGUCGACCUAAUGCUUCCGACAACCGUCAACAGCUGGGAGGAUGACCUGGAUCGUGACUCUGACAGUGAUGACGAGAAGGAUCCGUCUAGUAUCGGACCAGAUGACGAUAUCAUUGAAACGGCAGUCAACCUGCUCCUCUCGGUUCUCGAAGCCAAUGAUAGUCUCUGUGCUCAUAGUUCGCCCGUACUCAAUGAUAUCUUCAAUCUUCUGGAACCACUUGCUAGGGACUCUUCGCUCGGCGUGCGACCACUAGCCCAAGAAGCGAGAUUGGUUAUAACUGCCCGGUUUGUGUCUGAAUCCACCAAGUCAAUAGCUACACAUUCGAAGGAGGAGAAAGCACAAGACAUUUACCAAAAGGCGCUUAGAUUACUUCAAGAUCCCAUUCUUCCAGUGCGCGCUCAUGGACUCCUUCUCCUUCGACAAUUAGUCAGUCCUCCGUCCCCUGGGCUUCGAGGUACUCCAGCAGUCAAAGAUCCGGCACUUGUCCCCGCAAUCCUUUCGAUAUUUUUACAAUCCAUACGAGACGACGAUUCGUACAUAUUCUUAAACGCCGUACAAGGAUUGGCGGUAAUGGUGGAUACCUUUGGUAAGGACGUCUUGAAAGGUCUCCUGGGAGAGUACGCCGGUGGUCUCAACGGGCUUAAUGUCCUAACCAACGACGACCUUGACGUACGCAUACGCGUUGGUGAGGCCUUGAGCAUUGUAAUUAAGCGAUGCGGGGAAGCACUCGGCAUAUUUGCCGACAUUUUAAUCCCACCUUUACAAACAAUUAUUCAAUCUCAUCACCUUCCAACAGUUCUGCGCACCUCGUCCCUCUCGAUUCUCUCGGAUUGUAUCAGCAUUUGCCCACUCGCUGUGUUUCCUUACAUCAAUGGCCUUUCGGAGGCUAUGAUUGACCUCUUACAGGUCGAGACCGUAUCGAUGUCAAACUCGCGGCCACCUGACAAGCAGGACGGAUCCCCGAGAAAGACGUCAACAAGUACGGAUGCAGAUAUAUCCAACCAGGAAAUGGAGAACCAGCCACUCUCCACAAAUUCGAAGCUUCCACCACUUCGGCGGGCUGGCUUGCAGUUUCUUGUUUUACUAAUAAGGAGAACAACAAGCCAACUUGAUGGUAUACCAAUCCAGGAAGCCCACUCUGCGUUGCUAUUGCCCGGCUCUUUGCUGAAGCGAGCCAGUAUCACAUUCGGGUAUUUGAUUUCAACAGACGAGGAUGAUGUUGUCAGGGUUAUGGCACGGGAAGGGAAAGAGAGUCUGGAGCAACUACAGAGAGCCCUACUGGGUAUUGACUGA